UGUCCGUGUCAGCACUUUACUGAGCGACAGAGCGGAAAGCGAGCUCUGUAUGCCGGUAGUCUGAGGCAGCAUCGCCAGUCACAUCUGAAACUCCUCAGUCGCUGCAUUCGCUGCAUGACAGUUGAAUGUAUUGAUUUGGACGUGGCUUUUUGUUGUAUUUCUGGAUGACGUUCGUUUGACUUUAAAUGACUGCAGCUUUCUCCUGUGUUUCAGUCAUUUUAUUAUCCAUUUAUCGAGGAUUUAGUGUGACUGCUAUUUCAUAUCCGUUUACACCAUGACGGCGCGCGCGCGUCUCGCGCGGCGGACUCUGAGCUGAACGCACGAGCGUGGAUCAUGGAUAGCGCUAUCUCUUUCUGCGUUUCUCACUGUAAUCAGCGACUUUCUCAAUGGACGAAGACAUAGACACCCGUAAGAUCAACAACAGCUUCCUCCGAGACCACAACUAUGCAACUGAAGCUGACAUCAUAUCCACGGUUGAGUUCAACUCUACAGGAGAGCUCUUGGCCACUGGGGACAAAGGCGGACGAGUGGUGGUCUUCCAGAGAGAACAGGAGAGUAAGAACCAACCUCACCGUCGGGGGGAGUACAAUGUUUACAGCACUUUUCAGAGCCAUGAGCCUGAGUUCGACUACUUGAAAAGCCUGGAGAUUGAGGAGAAGAUCAACAAGAUCCGCUGGCUGCCUCAACAGAAUGCCGCCUAUUUCCUCCUCUCCACCAAUGAUAAAACUGUGAAGCUAUGGAAAAUCAGCGAGAGAGAUAAGCGACCAGAGGGCUACAAUCUAAAGGAUGAAGAAGGAAGGAUACGGGACCCCACCACCAUCACAGCUCUGAGGGUGCCUGUGUUAAGGCCCAUGGAUCUGAUGGUGGAGGCAACACCUCGCCGCAUUUUUUCUAAUGCACACACCUAUCACAUCAACUCUAUCUCAGUCAACAGCGACAACGAGACAUACAUGUCAACAGAUGACCUGAGAAUAAACUUGUGGAACCUGGAAGUCAUGAACCGAAGCUUCAAUAUUGUGGACAUUAAGCCUACCAAUAUGGAAGAACUGACUGAGGUGAUCACGGCUGCUGAGUUUCACCCCAACCAGUGCAACACGUUUGUCUAUAGUAGCAGUAAGGGCUCCAUAAGAUUGUGCGACAUGAGAGCCUAUGCACUCUGUGACAACCACUCGAAAUUAUUUGAGGAACCAGAAGACCCCAGUAAUCGCUCAUUCUUCUCAGAGAUCAUCUCCUCCAUCUCAGACGUGAGGUUCAGCCACAGCGGACGCUACUUGAUGACUCGUGACUACCUCACAGUGAAGGUGUGGGAUGUCAACAUGGAGAACAAACCUCUUGAAACUUACCAGGUCCAUGACUACCUUAGAAGUAAACUCUGCUCUCUGUACGAGAAUGACUGCAUCUUUGACAAAUUUGAAUGUGUCUGGAAUGGGACGGACAGUGUCCUAAUGACAGGCUCUUACAACAAUUUCUUUCGCAUGUUCGAUCGAAACACUAAACGGGAUGUGACGUUGGAGGCUUCGCGGGAAAACAGCAAACCCAGAGCCAUCCUCAAACCACGCAAGGUUUGCGUUGGCGGCAAACGGCGCAAAGACGAGAUCAGUGUGGACAGCCUGGACUUCAGCAAGAAGAUCCUUCACACGGCUUGGCACCCCAAUGAGAACAUCAUCGCCGUUGCCGCCACUAACAACCUCUAUAUAUUUCAGGACAAGAUCAACUAGCAUGUAGCUUGGAAGUCUCAAGUAAUCACAAUGACAAAAAGGAAUGACUGUGUUGAUUACUCACUAGUAGAGGAGACUUGGGCUUCAAGAGAGGAACAUCUAGAUGAGCUUCGCCUUUUACCGCAGACUGUUGGUACUGCACUAACAAAACAUAAAACUUGAAAGUUUUCUGCAAACCACGGACAAUGAUGCUAGCUUUUGGACUGCUUCUGUUUUUUUUAUCUAAUUUGAAUCUCCCUCGCUGUAGAUUUUGUUGGGGAUGCACAGCAAUACAGGGAGGAUUGUUUAACCUUCUAUUUUACUAAAGGCCCUUUCACAUAACUCGUGUCAGCGUGAUGCGUCACUUUGACCUCUACAUGUAUAUCGUUGCAGAAAGCUCCACGAAAGUGUGUUGCUAGGCAACACAAAAGCGUGAAGCGUUAACAGUGAAAGCAACAGAGAUGUAUUUGAGCUUAGAACGCCAUUUACGUCGAUACAUUUCAUAAUAUGCCUUUGAAGAUGUCAUGCAACUCUACGUAUCUAGGUACCCACAGGAACUCGUUUUGAUUUUUGCAGCCAUGUAAUAUGCAAAUUGUUUGUUAAUCAUUUGAUGCACUUCAAAACAUCAGUUGAAAUAGUUUUGACACGAGUCAUGUGAAAGGGAUAGUUCACCCAAAAUGGAAAAUUCUGUCCAAGGAUAUGUUUCUACUGAAACAGUUUUUAGCUUAUGUCCUCAAUUCGAGUCUUGGCAGGACUGAGAAUGUCAAUUGCUUAUAGAAUUUGUUCCAUCAACCUUUCAGCUUCAUGGUGGUGCAUGCAUCAUUUCAAAACCCAACUAUGGUUGACUGAUGCAACAAACAAAAGGGAUGUUGUGAAACUGAAGUCAAACGAUGUAGCAUCAUCCUGUUUUUUGUUCUAAUUUUAUAAAGAAAUGGAUAAAAAUGUAAUAAAAAUCAAGAGGAACAAAUUGUGCAUU